AUGGCCGGACCCAACGUCAUCCAAUCAGAGGAACAUGUGCUGAAGUUGGCACGCCAGAUCAAGGCCAUCACCGACAAGCUGGGGCUGACUCUUGUUUUCAAAUCCAGCUUUGACAAGGCCAACAGAACCAGUGCAACAUCUUUCCGAGGCCCUGGGCUGGAGGAGGGCCUAAGGGUGCUUCAGAAAGUGAAGGAUCUGUAUGGGCUACCCAUCAUUACUGACAUACAUGAGGCCAGUCAGGCGGAAGCUGUGGGUAAGGUGGCUGAUAUCAUUCAGAUCCCCGCCUUCUUGUGCCGGCAAACAGAUCUCCUGGUUGCAGCUGCCAAAACUGGCAAGGUCGUUCAGAUUAAGAAAGGCCAGUUUUGCGCGCCGUCUGUCAUGCGCAACUCGGCUGAGAAGGUCAGGUCUGCAGGCAAUCCAAAUGUGCUGGUGUGCGAGCGGGGGACCAUGUUUGGCUACACUGACUUGGUUGUGGAUCCGCGCAACCUGGUGCUCAUGCGCGACGCUGGCUGCCCAGUGACAUGCGAUGUCACCCACGCUCUGCAACAGCCGGCUGGCAAGCCUUUGAAGGGCGGAGGUGUUGCGAGCGGGGGCCUGCGUGACCUGAUUCCUUCGAUAGCGCGCACAGCUGUCGCUGUGGGUGUAGACGGCCUGUUUAUGGAGGUGCACGAUGAUCCAACCACUUCCCCAGUCGAUGGCCCAACACAGUGGCCGCUGAGGCAUUUUGAGGAGCUGCUCAAAGAGCUCAUUGACAUCGCCACAGUCACAAAGGGGAAGAAGCAAUACAAGAUUGAUCUGAGCCCGUAUAAUCCAGACAAAUAA